CACUAUCUCUAUCAGCACACAACACUGUAGGUCAUAUGUGAGGGGGUUGAGUGUUCCUCUUGUGUCUGCAUCAGUUACUCAGACACAGACACCAGCAGCUAGAGGUCAUGGAGCCAAAACAGAUCAAAGAGGGAUAUCUGGUCAAAAAGGGCACAGUGUUGAAUUCGUGGAAGGUGGUGUGGGUGGUGUUGUCUGAUGAUGGUGUGGAGUUCUUCAAAAGAAAGGCAGACAGUGCCCCCAAAGGAAUGAUCCCAUUGAAGGGAGCUGUUCUGACCAGCCCCUGUCAGGACUUCAGCAAGAGGGCGCUGGUUUUUAAACUCAGCACGGGCAAGAACCAGGACCAUUUCUUCCAGGCCACCCACCUGGAGGAGAGAGAGUCCUGGGUGAAGGACAUCAAGAGGGCCAUCACCUGUCUGCAGGGGGGCGUAAAGUUUGCCAGGAAGUCGACACGGAGGUCCAUUCGCCUCCCUGAUACCAUCAACCUCAGUGAGCUAUGUAUUCUAAUGAGAGACCAGGAGAAUGGGGUCAAAGAGCAGAAGCUGGAAAAGGAGAAGAGAGUCUACAAUCACUGCUUCACAGGUGGUACGGUGGUGGACUGGCUGAUCUCUAAGGACAAGGCCAGGAACAGGCCUGAGGCUCUGAUGUUAGCUACAGGACUCCUGAACGAAGGAUUCUUACAGCCAGCAGGGGACGUGUCCAAACAGGGGGUCGAGGGAGGGGCAGUGUCCACCGUCCUCGAUGAGCCAAAUGCCCUCUACUACUUUGCAGACAGUGGGUUCUUCUGUGAAGGCUACUCCAGUGAUGAAGACGUGAUUGUGAAGGACGAGUUCAGGGGUAACAUCGUAAAACAGGGUUGCUUACUCAAACAGGGACAUCGGAGGAAAAACUGGAAGGUGCGGAAAUUCAUCCUCCGGAACGAUCCUGCUUAUAUUCACUAUUACGACCCCACCAAGGGUGAUGAGUACCCUCUGGGCUCUAUCCACCUGCGAGGGUCUGUGAUCACAGCGGUGGAGUUUGUUCCUGAUGCCAAGAGGUAUGAUGUUGAUGGGAAUCUCUUUGAGAUCAUCACUUCAGACGAGACACACUAUUUUCUCCAAGCGGCUACAUCUGAGGAGAGGAAGGAGUGGAUCAAAGCCAUCCACACUGUGUCAAAAACCGGAAAAUAAUCACAACAGGAUCCAUAGCUACUCUUAACACCUCACAUGAAGGGAUAUGGAAUAUGGACGGACAUGUUCAAAACAUUGUUGCAGAGCCAGAAGGAAUCCGAACCGAUCUGAUCUGAAUGAUCCUAAACUCCGCUUUUAAGGUUAUUUCAAGAGUUUUAGGUUUGAUAUUGUGUUUAUGUUGAGUGAUUAUGAAUUUCCUCUUCAUAUAGAUCAAAUGCUCCCUCACUUGCUUUUCAACAUUCAACAGGAUGUGGAGGCACUCUCACCUUUAGAUAUAUUUAUCACAGGCAGGCUGUGAAGAAGCGUGCAAUGAUCUCUGUGUAGAAAGGUGUGAAGUUCUGUAAUGGCUUCUGGUGUGGCCUUCUGCUUUUCCUUCCAGCUGCCUGACAGAAAUCAUUGUCUUACAUCAGAUAGCUUUGUUCCACAGUAUUACACACGUUAAAUAAAGAUCUACUCUUUGUCUCCACCUUCCGGUUACUAUCAAAAAGUUAAUGUCCAAAAAAGAAAGUACUGGUUGUAAAAAUCAAGAAUUGUGUGCCUUUAUUAUUUGUCAUGCACCUUUGGUUUUUGACUCUCAUGUUUAUCAACUCCACCCGGGAAGAUGAAUUGACUUUCACGAAAAAGCAGCACGUCAAACCUCUCACCUCAGCUAAAGACCACUUCUCCAACCAUUUGUUUCAUUUAAACUCGACCUACUCUCCUACACAAACUAUUCUUCAUACAGUUGACCAGGAUUUAGUGCUCAGCGAUAAGUGAUUUUUGAGGUUGGUUCGAUUAUUAAAAAAUAAUCAUAUUUUUUUAUUUCAGUUUCUAUUAUUUGGGUUGAAUGCUGUAACACAGAAUAAAACAAUUAAUUCAAGUUCCAUGAUGGUAGUGGCUGCCCAUUGCUGCUUAUCACUUAACAAUAAUUUAUUCACAUUACUUUACUUUAAUAAAAUAUUUCAGUUGUUGUAUA